AUACGACGGGCUUGCGUUUGCGCUGAUAGAAACCCUCGAUAUUUUCCCGCCUUUCCGUGGAAUCAACUCAUGCGGGCGAUUUCAACCACAUGGGUUUAUACUUGUGGCGUUUCCUCUGGAAUAUCAAAUCUGGAAGAAUCUUUCAGGUGUAUGUCGUUUUGAAAUAUAAUUACUUGUGCUGCGAUGUAUGAAAAAUGGUAAGAUGAUCAAAGCAGACAAAGUGUUCGAUGAAAUGCCUGAGAGAACCACAACUAAACUUGUUAUAGUUCGAUGUCGGAGGAAGACUACUACGUGGUGUUCGCUUCUAUGCCUGAGAAAAACGUGACUUAGCGUUAGGUAAAAGGGGGAAUAUUUAUGGUUUCUUCGAACGCCUAGAUAAGUGGUUAUUUGAAAAUAAUCAAAUUAAACGAGGCUAUUAGCAUCUUUUUUUCAGGGUGUGGUAGAAGAGAAUUCUGAGAUCGUAUUAGCUUGCUGUUUGAUGGGAACUUUUUUGUUGAAGCCAGAGAGGAGCCCUGAGAAAAAUAUGGUUGCAUGAACUGCUAUAUAUAUGAUUGAAGCUUGUUUCAGAGAUGGGUUUGGUUUGUUUUCUGAUAAUUGAGACAAGUUGAGGUUUUAGUUAAUUGAAGCACUUUUGCUGUCAUGUUUAAAGCCUGUGGGAAGAUUUUUGGGUUCGUUUCUUCCAUUUCCUCUAGAGUCUGAGCAUGACCAAAUAUUUGAAGCUUAUGAACCUUUUUUAGAAGAAAGAUGUGGUUUCCUUGGCAAAUAUAACCAAAUGGAUUUUCUAGGAAAAGGAGUCCUCUCUAAAUUUGUGGAGUUGUUCUUAGUGUUAGCUAAAUAAGGACAAUAUCAACUGUACCGUUAUAGUAUCUGUGUUUGUCAGCAGUGGAGAGCAUGAGGAGGCGCUUCGUUGGUUUAAUAAGAUGUAUGCUUUAGGAAAAAAGUUUCAUCCAAAGCUCUGUGCUCUCAGUAGUGUGUGUUUGUCACAACAUCUGCUUUGGCUGCAUUGAUCUAACUUCUAUGAACUGCAGAAUUGUGAAGAUGAGCAUGGCGUGUAACUUGUUAGUUCAAAAUUCACUUACAUAUUCUCCUAGAACAAAUCGAUUAUGAACUAAAUUACAAUUCAAAAUAACAGUGAAGCUGAAGAUGUUGACCCUCAUUGCUUCCAACUACAAGAAACCUAUUAAGAAGAAAGAAAAACCUAUUAAGAGCUCCACAUUUAUAAAGUUCUAUUAGAGACGGUGGAUAGGCCAUGGCUACUACUGUUCAUCUCAGCUCAUUCUCCCUCUUCAUCCAAUCCAGAGGAAGAAGAGACAACUCCAUAUCUUCCGUCAAGAGUCUCAAAAAACGCACAGGUUUGUCUCCCUCUUCUGCCCUCACCUCACAAGGUGGCAGAGACAUGAUUCCACCAGAGGGAAAAUGCAAUGAUCACAACUCUGCUUUUGAUUUCAAGUUGUAUAUGAUCCGCAAAGCCGAAUCUGUAAAUGCGGCUCUCGACGUUUCUGUACCGCUCCGAGAACCCCUCACUGUCCAGGAAGCCGUGCGGUACUCAUUGCUAGCGGGCGGAAAACGUGUGAGGCCUCUGCUCUGCAUUGCCGUCUGCGAGCUUGUGGGAGGCGACGAGGCUACUGCCAUGUCAGCUGCUUGCGCGGUUGAGAUGAUCCACACAAGCUCUCUUAUUCAUGACGAUCUUCCGUGCAUGGACAAUGCCGACCUCCGCAGAGGCAAGCCCACCAACCACAAGGUAUAUGGAGAAGACAUGGCGGUUUUGGCAGGUGAUGCACUCCUUGCAUUGGCGUUUGAGCACAUGACGUUUGUGUCGAGUGGGUUGGUCGCUCCCGAGAGGAUGAUUCGCGCGGUGGUUGAGCUGGCCAGGGCCAUAGGGACUACAGGGCUAGUUGCUGGACAAAUGAUAGACCUAGCCAGCGAAAGACUGAAUCCAGACAAGGUUGGAUUGGAGCAUCUAGAGUUCAUCCAUCUCCACAAAACGGCGGCAUUGUUGGAGGCAGCGGCGGUUUUAGGGGUUAUAAUGGGAGGUGGAACAGAGGAAGAGAUCGAAAAGCUUAGAAAGUAUGCUAGGUGUAUUGGACUACUGUUUCAGGUGGUUGAUGACAUUCUCGACGUAACAAAAUCUACUGAGGAAUUGGGAAAGACUGCAGGAAAAGACGUAAUGGCUGGAAAGCUGACGUAUCCAAGGCUGAUAGGUUUGGAGAGAUCAAAGGAAGUUGCAGAGAAACUGAGGAGAGAAGCAGAGGAACAACUUCUAGGGUUUGAUCCAAGUAAGGCGGCGCCUCUGGUGGCUCUUGCUAGCUACAUCGCUUGCAGACACAACUGAAUGGACUGAUCAUAUCCUCAAUGCAUCAAUCUCCUAACAAGUCCUUUUACUUAGAUCUAUGGUCUUGUUUCUUAUAAAUCAUCUAUGCCGUGUGAUCAUCUCUCUCAUUUGUUUUCAAGUUGUAUUAUGUUUUUGAAUCUUAAUAAUGUAAUGUUCGAAAAAUAUCAAUAAGAUUUGCUCAUAGGAACUAA